GAGGGACUAGCGCAGAGGGGGAGUUGGUUGGGAGGAGGAGGAGGCGGCACGGCGCUCUUUCUCCGCUCUGCUCCUCGUCUUUGUCUCAGUCUUUGUUCAGCCAUGCCGAGCCUGCUGGUGCUAGCGGGGAUCAUGGAGAAAAGCGGCGGCGGCUACGGCGCGGAUCUGGCCGCCGGUUACGGGAGCGACGCGUCGGCUCUGCUGGUUCCGCCCGACGAAGAGGAGGAGGAGGACGAAUCGCGGCGGGCGCUGCGGGUCGCGCUGGGCCAGCUGUCCCUGCUGGGUCUCGGGGAGGGCGAGGGGGACGGAGGAGCCCCCAACCCCGGGCUCCAGGACCGGAGCAACAACAACAAUAACCUGGCGGGUCUGCUGCUGCCCGGGAAGGGGAAGCUAAGCGCCCUGUACGACAGCCCGCCCUCCCCCGUCGGGGACAGCAACAAGGGACGGGGCUGCAACAUCACGGAAUGCGUGCCGGUGCCCAGCUCUGAACAUGUGGCCGAGAUAGUGGGGCGGCAAGGUUGCAAGAUCAAAGCUCUGCGAGCCAAGACCAACACCUACAUCAAGACGCCGGUGCGCGGCGAGGAGCCCGUGUUCCUCAUCACGGGCCGCAAGGAGGACGUGGCGCUGGCCCGGCGCGAGAUCAUCUCGGCGGCGGAGCACUUCUCCAUGCUGCGCGCCUCCCGCAACAAGCUGGGCAUCUCCUUCAGCGGGUCCCCGCCGGCGCCGCUGCCGGGCCACACCACCAUCCAGGUGCGGGUGCCCUACCGCGUGGUGGGCCUGGUCGUGGGGCCCAAGGGCUCCACCAUCAAGCGCAUCCAGCAGCAGACGUGCACCUACAUCGUGACGCCGAGCCGGGACCGCGACCCCGUGUUCGAGAUCACCGGCUCGCCGGGCAACGCCGAGCGCGCCCGCGAGGAGAUCGAGGCCCACAUCGCCUUCCGCACCGGCGGCCUGCACGACCACAACAACGAGAACGACUGUCUGGGCGGCGGGGGGGACGGGGGCGGCAGCCCCGUGCUGGAGAGCCGGCUGCAGCAGGUGUGGGGGGGGCUGGCGGCCGGGCGGAAGCCCCUCGCCAGCAGCUACCGGCAGAACUUCCCGGACGGCGUGGCGGGCGAGAAGAGCGGCUCCUUUCUCGGGGUGGACGGGGUCCAGAGCUGGGCGGAGCCCGACAAGCAGGUGGCCUUCUUCCCCCAGCAGCGCUCCAAGAGCUUCGGCGGCCUGCCCCCGCUGGCCCGGCUGUCCCCCGGCCUGGGCGCGGGCCACGCCCACGCGCGCCGGGCCCACAGCGAGCCCAACACCACCGGGGGGGGGUUCCCCGGGAGGAUGGUGGCGCCGGACUCCCCGCCGGCUGGCAUGCGGGACUGCAUGACGUGCUUUGAGAGCAAGGUGACGGCGGCGCUGGUGCCCUGCGGCCACAACCUCUUCUGCAUGGAGUGCGCCGUGCGCAUCUGUGAGCGCAGCCAGCCCGAGUGCCCGGUGUGCCACAGCCUGGUGACGCAAGCCAUCCGCAUCUUCUCUUAAAGACACUCACUUCCUGUUUCCUGUUCCGCUCCUCUUCUUCUUCUUCUUCUUCUUCUGGUGCAUCGCCUGCUCAUCCUUCUUUACGUUCUUUUCAAAACUUUUCUUUUCGUUGUUUUUCACUAAAUCUCCAAACGACCAAGCAGAUAUUUUAGAACUGCUUGAUUUACUAAAAACAUAUAAGAAAUAUUUUUUAGUUUUUCUUUUAUAUAUAUAAAUAUGCAUAUAUAUUUUAUAAAGGUUUUGUUUAUACAAGAAGUAUAGUACCUUGCUUUUUCUGUUUUUUAUAACUACUGCUGUUUUCAUUCAGGAAAGUACAGUAGUGUAAUUUUAUUCUUGAAAUAUUUUAUCUUAUCAUCAAGUGGUUUUAUACGAGAGGCAAUGUGUUAUUAGAACCAAUUUAAAAAUAAGAUUUAUGGCACCUUAGAAUCAUCUCCAUCUAAAUAGGAUUUUCAAUCAUAUGUUUAAACUUACGAUGGUCAACGUAAGACAUUUAUCGAAAGUUUUCUUUGAAUUAUUUCCAAAUGUACGUUUAUUAUUAGUUUCAAAGUCUGAAGGAUGGUUCGGCCGUAGGACUGUCCUGGCGAUAUUUAUGGUAGGAAACAAGAUAUUUAGGUACUGUUUGACAAAGUGACGUGUGAAGGUUUCACUUUCUUUAGGCAGGAAUUUGUCAAGUCACUCUAGGAAUCAAACACUUAUCUUGAGUCCUCGUUGGUUCUGAGAGUCUGUCGGACCGAACGCAUAGACGGCGUGGAGCAGGUGUUCUAACUCUACCCCCCCGCCCCCCUGUCCCUCUUCAUAGCGACCCACAAUGCACUGCGUCUGCGCUUGGGGUGUAUUGUUGCAGUGUAUUGUUGGGGGCCAGCCGUGGCGUGGGGCCCAGUAGGGGCCUGCGGGGGCCCGACACGGUCGUCAUGACGAUUAGGGAAAUGGCCCCCGCCAGGUGGGGCCCGUCCCUUGCCCCCUUUUCUCUCGGAAC